CCGCCCGCUCGGUUAGGACCUCGGAGAGCGCCAGGCUCCAGGACCAGAGGGACCGGAGAAGCGGCCGGAGCUGGGCAGGAUCGUCGCCCGCCAGCGAGCCCGCAGCCUCCGCGCCCUCCGCCUCACCGGCUGGCCGGCGGCUAGCGGCGUCUGAGGAAGUGUUUAAAAUGAAGAAGUUUAAUUUCCGAAAAGUUUUGGAUGGCUUAACUGCCUCGUCCCCUGGCAGUGGUAGCAGCGGUGGCAGUAACAGUGGUGGGGCUGGAAGUGGCUCGGUACAUCCAGGAGGGACUGCUGGGGCUCUGAGAGAGGAAAUUCAGGAAAGCUUGACUUCAGACUAUUUCCAGAUUUGCAAGACAGUUCGGCAUGGUUUUCCUUAUCAGCCCACAGCAUUGGCCUUUGAUCCAGUCCAGAAAAUCUUGGCUAUUGGAACAAGAACAGGUGCUAUACGAAUACUUGGGAGGCCUGGUGUUGACUGUCACUGCCAACAUGAAAGUGGUGCAGCUGUCUUGCAGCUCCAAUUCCUGAUCAAUGAGGGCGCUUUGGUUAGUGCGAGUUCAGAUGAUACACUUCAUUUGUGGAAUCUGAGACAAAAAAGGCCAGCCAUUCUUCACUCUCUCAAGUUUAACAGAGAACGAAUUACUUACUGUCAUCUACCUUUCCAGAGUAAAUGGCUCUAUGUUGGAACAGAAAGAGGAAAUACACAUAUUGUAAAUAUUGAAUCUUUCAUUCUUUCUGGAUAUGUCAUCAUGUGGAACAAAGCAAUUGAACUAUCCACCAAGACUCAUCCAGGCCCGGUUGUCCAUUUAAGUGAUAGCCCAAGAGAUGAAGGGAAACUGUUAAUAGGUUAUGAAAAUGGUACUGUAGUAUUCUGGGACUUGAAAUCUAAACGAGCAGAGCUGAGAGUUUAUUAUGAUGAGGCAAUUCACUCAAUUGAUUGGCACCACGAGGGCAAGCAGUUCAUGUGCAGCCAUUCAGAUGGGAGCUUGACUUUAUGGAACCUGAAAAGCCCAAGUCGCCCUUUCCAAACCACAGUUCCACACGGAAAAAGUCAAAGAGAAGGAAGAAAGUCUGAGUCUUGUAAACCAAUUCUUAAAGUAGAGUACAAAACCUGCAGGAACAGUGAACCAUUUAUAAUAUUCUCUGGUGGGCUGUCAUAUGACAAAGCUUGCAGAAGACCAAGUUUAACCAUCAUGCAUGGAAAAGCAAUCACAGUCCUUGAAAUGGAUCAUCCUAUUGUUGAAUUUCUAACUUUAUGUGAAACACCCUAUCCGAAUGAAUUUCAAGAGCCCUAUGCUGUCGCUGUUCUUCUAGAGAAAGAUCUCAUUGUGGUUGAUCUGACACAAGCCAAUUUUCCAAUCUUUGAAAAUCCCUAUCCAAUGGACAUUCAUGAGUCACCAGUUACAUGCACAGCAUAUUUUGCCGAUUGCCCUCCAGAUUUGAUUCUAGUACUCUAUUCUAUAGGAGUCAAGCAUAAAAAACAAGGAUACAGUAAUAAGGAAUGGCCAGUCAGUGGAGGAGCUUGGAAUCUCGGAGCACAAACUUAUCCAGAAAUUAUUAUUACUGGGCAUGCCGAUGGAUCAAUAAAAUUUUGGGAUGCUUCAGCAAUGACCCUGCAGAUGUUGUACAAGCUAAAAACUUCAAAAGUAUUUGAAAAGCAGAAGGCGGGAGAUGGCAAACAAACAUGUGAAAUCGUAGAGGAAGACCCAUUUGCUGUUCAGAUGAUUUACUGGUGUCCAGAGAGCAGAAUAUUUUGUGUAUCAGGAGUCUCUGCAUAUGUCAUAAUUUAUAAAUUCAGCCGACAUGAAAUUACAACAGAAAUAGUGUCAUUAGAAGUACGACUUCAGUGUGAUGUUGAAGACAUUAUUACCCCAGAGCCAGAAACGAGUCCUCCGUUUCCAGACCUGUCCUCUCAACUUCCUUCUUCAAGGAGUCUUUCCGGAAGCACCAAUACUGUGUCUAGUGAAGGCGUGACAAAGGACAGCAUCCCCUGCCUCAGUGUUAAAACCCGGCCAGUGCGAAUGCCGCCGGGCUAUCAGGCAGAUCUUGUUAUUCAGCUGGUGUGGGUAGAUGGUGAGCCUCCGCAGCAGAUUACCAGCCUUGCUAUAAGUUCAGCAUAUGGAAUAGUUGCUUUUGGAAAUUGCACUGGGUUGGUUGUGGUGGAUUUCAUACAGAAGACAGUACUGUUAAGUAUGGGGACCAUUGACCUCUAUAGAUCAAGUGACCUGUACCAGCGACAGCCCCGGUCUCCUCGGAAAAACAAACAGUUCAUUGCAGACAACUUUUGCAUGCGUGGGCUGUCUAACUUUUAUCCUGAUUUAACGAAACGGAUCCGUACUUCCUAUCAGAGCUUAACUGAACUGAAUGAUAGUCCCGUUCCCCUGGAACUUGAGCGCUGCAAGUCUCCCACUUCAGACCAUGUAAAUGGACACUGCACAAGUCCAACCUCUCAGAGUUGCAGUUCUGGAAAACGUCUUUCCAGUGCUGACGUUUCAAAAGUAAAUCGCUGGGGUCCUGGAAGACCACCAUUUAGAAAGGCACAGUCAGCUGCUUGCAUGGAGAUUUCUUUACCAGUUACAACUGAAGAAACCCGAGAGAAUUCCUAUAAUCGCUCCAGGAGCUCCAGCAUCUCCAGCAUUGACAAAGACUCUAAAGAAGCAAUUACAGCUCUAUACUUCAUGGAAUCCUUUGCACGGAAAAAUGACUCUACCGUUUCCCCUUGUCUGUUUGUUGGAACUAGUCUGGGAAUGGUGUUACUCAUCUCCCUAAAUCUACCAUCAUCGGAUGAACAAAGGUUUACAGAGCCGGUGGUGGUGUUGCCAAGUGGUACGUUCCUCUCACUGAAAGGAGCUGUGCUGACAUUCUCCUGCAUGGACAGAACUGGCAGCUUAAUGCAGCCUCCAUAUGAAGUAUGGAGGGACCCAAACAACACGGAUGAAAAUGAAAAGACGUGGAAAAGGAAAUUGGUCAUGAACUACUCUUCCUCAUCCCAGGAAGUAGGCGACCAUCAGUAUACAAUUAUCUGCUCAGAAAAACAAGCCAAAGUCUUCUCACUGCCCUCCCAGACCUGCCUUUAUGUCCACAACAUCACAGAGACGUCAUUCCUCCUGCAAGCAGAUGUCGUGGUCAUGUGCAACAGCGCCUGCCUGGCCUGCUUCUGUGCGAACGGGCACAUCAUGAUUAUGAGCUUACCUAGUCUUCGCCCAAUGUUGGAUGUUAAUUAUUUGCCACUGACAGACAUGAGAAUAGCACGGACAUUUUGUUUCACGAAUGAAGGGCAGGCAUUAUACCUUGUCUCUCCUACUGAAAUCCAACGCUUAACAUAUAGCCAAGAAAUGUAUGAUAAUAUUCAGGACAUGUUAGGCGAUUUGUUUACUCCCAUAGAGACACCAGAAGCUCAAAACAGAGGCUUUCUCAAGGGGUUAUUUGGUGGAAGUGGACAGACAUUUGAUAGAGAAGAGCUCUUUGGGGAAGCUUCGGCAGGAAAAGCAUCCCGCAGCCUUGCACAGCACAUCCCUGGACCGGGUAGUAUAGAAGGGAUGAAAGGCGCUGCUGGUGGGGUGAUGGGCGAGCUGACCCGAGCCCGAAUUGCCCUUGAUGAGAGAGGACAGCGGCUGGGCGAGCUGGAAGAGAAGACUGCUGGCAUGAUGACCAGUGCAGAAGCGUUUUCCAAACAUGCACAUGAGGUAAAUGGCCCAAGUGAAUACAGGCAUCUUCAUCCGGCCGACACUAGAAACAUUCAACUCCUGCAUGAGGAAGCCUAA